AUGACGCACCCCGACCAGCCGCUCGACUCUCUCCGCCAGGCCGGCGGCGGCGCCAGCGAGACGGUCCGCGCCGUCAAGACGCUCGGCGAGCACACCAUCCCGUACCUGCGGCAGAUCUUCGAGUCGCACGCCGGCCCGGACAAGACGUGGACCGCCGCCCAGGUCAAGACGUUCAUCCAGCACGUCCAGCAGGGCGACGAUGCCACCCCCGCGGCGGCCCACCUGCUGGGCCAGGCCACCGUCGACUUCAACGGCUUCCUGGCGUACAUGACGUCUGCCGACAGCGCCAUCACCGCCCCGUGGCAGAAGUGCGACCUCUCGUGGCCCCUCGCGAGCUACUACAUCAGCUCCAGCCACAACACGUACCUCUCGGGCAACCAGCUCUCCAGCGAUAGCACGACGGCCGCCUACACCAACGUGCUGCUGAGAGGAUGCCGCUGCGUCGAGAUUGACGUCUGGGAUGGUGACGAGUCUGACGCGGAGAGCUCUGCCAGUAGUGACUCUGAAGAUGAAUCCAACACUAAAGUCGGCAAACCCAAGGCAACCAAGCCGAAGACCAAGAGGAGCAAGCUUAGCAUGCUCAAGGACAAGCUGCCCGACUCGCUCUCCGCCAAGCUCGAGAAGACGAGCCUAGGCAAGAAACUGGAGGCAAAGGACGGCCACAAGGUCGAAUCGGUGGAUCAGCCCGAGGUGGCCAUGAUCGAGCCGAGGGUGCUGCAUGGCUACACGCUGACCAAAGAGGUCUCCUUCCGAGACGUGUGCGUCGCGAUUCGGGAGAGCGCCUUUGCCGUCACGGAUCUGCCGCUCAUCAUCAGCCUCGAGGUUCACUGCAACGCGGAGCAGCAGGCAACCAUGGUCAAGAUCAUGAAGGAGGUGUGGCAGGGGUUCCUUGUCGCGGAGCCCGAAACGCCUGCUCACUUGCUGCCCAGCCCGGAGGAGUUGAGAGGCAAAAUCCUCAUCAAGGUCAAGCACGUCCCUGCCGAUGCUGCUGUGCCAGAGACAUCGGACAGCGGCGAGGACGACCGCGUUCCAACCGACAAGACCGGGCAGCCGAAGAAGUUGCCCAAGAUCAUCCAGGAGCUGAGCCGAUUUGGUGUCUACACACAGGCUGUGUCGUUUAAGAACUGGACACAGCCCGAGGCCACCAACCCCAUGCACAUCUUUUCGUUAUCGGAGAACAAGUUCCUCGACCACCAUGAAAAGUUCGGAAUGGACCUGUUCAAUCACAACAAACAGUAUUUGAUGCGGGCGUACCCCUCGGGCCUUCGCAUCUCGUCUUCGAACCUGAACCCUCCCGUGUUCUGGGGGUCCGGCACGCAGGUCGUGGCGCUCAACUGGCAGCAGACAGACGAAGGAAUGAUGCUCAAUGAGGGCAUGUUUGCUGGCACAGGUGGCUACGUCCUCAAGCCAGAAGGCUUCCGCCCCAACCUCGAGUCCAAGCCCUCUCAGGUUGCGACGAUUCCUCGGAAAACCCUCGCUCUCAACAUCACCUUCCUCGCAGCGCAAUCAAUCCCUCUCCCCCACGACAACACGACUGUCAAGGGGUUCAAGCCGUACAUCAAGACGGAGAUUCACGUCGACGCAUCCCACCUGUCCCCGCUCAAUGACGGCCACGGCCACGAGAGCGAGUUCAAGGAGCGCACGCGAACCCACCGCGGCUGCGACGUCGACUUUUCCGGCGAGAAGGUUUCCUUCAGCGGCAUUGGCGGCCUCAUUGAGGAGCUCACGUUUGUGCGCUUCACGGUCCGCGACGACGAGAUUGGCAGGGAUGACCUUGCCGCGUGGGCGUGCGUCCGGCUCGACCGCCUGGGUCAGGGCUAUCGAUUCAUCCACCUCAUGGAUGACAAGGGUGCCCUGACGGAUGGCGUGGUGCUCGUCAAGGUCGAGAGGAUACUGACGUAG